AUGGAUUCCUACUUCGGCAGUAACGUUACAUACUGCAGGGCAGAAGUGAUGAGCUCCUACAUCUACAACAUCACCUCCCCAUACACCGACAACACCAACCGGGCCAGCAUCGUCGGCACCACCGUCGCCAUGUUCACGCUCACGGUGCUCUUCUUCAACCUCACCAUGUUCCGGCACCUCAGCGCCGCCGUCCGCGUCGUCCGCUGCACCGCGCUAUCGCUCUUCCUACCCAUCAUGUCGUACCUCUUCUCGGAGGCCAAGAACUCCGGCGGCGCGGACACGAACACGGCCGCCGCGGAGAUCAGCCCGCCGGAGCUCCCCAUGCGCGCGCGGCUGAUCCUCACGUGGAUGCUCCUCGUGGAGCUCCUCCGCAAGAAAGUCGAGUCCAUGUGGGUGCCCGAAGCUGGCACGAUGACCGGCUACUCGACCAUGGCCGCGCACGCGGCGCAGAUCGUGUGGCUGGGCAGCCUCGUGUUCUCCUGCAUCCAGGACGCCGGCAGGAGGGCGGUGUUCGGCAUCUUCUGGGCCGUCGCUGCUGCCAAGAUGGUGCAGAGGUUCGUCAUCACCGAGGUCAUCCGCCGCUCCUUCGCCGCUGGCCGGAACCCGGACAUCAUCGGCGCCUACACGCAGCUGAUUCUGGAGCGGCGACGACGGGGACGGGACGACCAUCGCCGCCUCCAGAGGACGACCUGCGAGUUCGCGGUGGAGGGCGAGGAGAAGAUCAGGAGGAAGACCGGGCCUCUCGGCUACGUCAUUGUCACGGCUGACACCAACGUCAGCGGCGUCACCACCGUGGCCACCGUCUGCAGAGAGCCAGGAAGAGGAGAGUUGGACACGUCACUCUGCCUCUCCUUCGCGCUCUUCAAGCUUCUUCGCCGCAGAUUCGAGGACCCACGGCCGCGAGCCGCGUACGACGAAAUGGAGAUCACCGCGUGCAAGGACCUCAUCCUCGGAGAACUAGAAGACGGCGGCGGCCCCGAGGAGGUGUAUCGCCUCAUCGCCGACGAGGUCACCUUCCUCAGCGAAUACUACUACAGCUCUGCCCCCAUCGUCCUCGCGAGUCCCUUCUUCUUCCUCGUCAACUACAUCUUGUUCCCCAUCAUGGUGGCCUGCCUAUGCUUCAUGACCGUCGUCGCCUCGGGCUACGGCGACGUGCUGUGGACAUGGCGCAGCGUCAGGGAAGAAAACUCCGUCCUGACGCUCAGGACGGUCGUGUGCCUCCUGCAGAAGGUCCUGUUCUCGCCGCCAGCGCUGCUGGCCACCAUCGACCUCUCUAUCACCCUGUUCCUCUUCGCUGCCUUCGUCUACGAGGAGGUGUGCGAGGUGGGGGUCUUCCUCCUCUCCAACUGGUUCGUCGUGUCGCUUUUGUGCACCUUGGCGCGGCAGAACCCGCGCCGCCAGUACUGCCGCAACGCCGUUGCCUCGGUGAUCCGGUGCCUGCAGUACGUGGGCAAGAAGCUAAGGGUUCGGCGGCGCCCUCUGCCGCUGAUGCAGCACGACGUGAUAAGGAUGGCUUGCCACCGAGUCACACUCACACCUCAGGCGGUGGUGGCACCGAGAGAGGUCAAGGUCUCCGUCAUCGAGCAUCUUUCACAGCUUGUCCGCAGCGGCGGAGAGGCCACCCUUGGCCUUGGGGGGGACGUCGGGUUGGCGUUCGCGGGGCAGUACGCGCCUAACGCGGCGUGCGUGCGCCGCCAUGGCAUCGUCCGGGUGAUCCUCACGUGGCACGUCGCCACCGCCAUCUUCGACGCAAAGCAUCCGCACAAGACCAAGGUAGAGGAUGCUGCCGGCGGCGGCGGGCACUGGCGCACGGCGACGGUGCUGUCCAGGUACUGCGCCUACCUCGUGGCGUUCCGCCCGGAGCUGCUGCCGGACGACCGCAACGAGACGCAGCACCAGUACAAGACCGCGGUGAAGGAUCUCAAGGACACGCUGGGAGGGUGCUGGGGCUACUACGCUAUGGAAGAGCGUGGCCGGCUGGACAGGCUGCUCCAGAUAGCCGACGGCGGCCCCUGCGGCACGGGGAUGGACCAGGAGGGGAGCGUCGUCAAGCACGGAGCCAUUCUGGGGAAGAAACUCAUCGGCGAGCUCGUGGCGGGGAGGAGCAGCAAGGAGGAGCUCUGGAAGGUGUUGGCCCAGCUCUGGGCGCAGGUCGUUGUCUACCUGGCGCCGGCGACGGCGACCGAGGCGGCUCUCCGUGGGCAUUACGCGGCGCUGGUUGAGGGCGGCGAAUUCCUCACUAUUCUCUGGGCGCUGGCCACGCAUACUGGCUUAACAAGGCCCACCAACGUCUUCACGGACACCGGCAGUGCUCAUUAUUGA